AUGAUGAAUUUCGAAUUAUUACCUAAUGAAAUUCUACUUGAUUUCUUCGAAUAUUUAUCCGCCAUUCAUCUUUUUUAUGCUUUCUCUAGUCUUAAUUCACGUUUUAAUACAUUACUUUAUGAACAAUUUCAAAGAUUUCAUCUCGAUUUUCAACAAAUAUCAAAAAGUAAAUUUAAUGAUAUUUGUCAAAAUUGUCUUCCAUCUAUUAUCAAUCAAAGUAUUUCUCUUCAUCUUUCAAAUGAUGAUGAUACUCCGCAACAAAUUGAACUUUUUCUUUCUCAUUAUUCUCAAUUUCAUCGAUUUAUUCAUUUACAAUCCAUGUCAUUAACAUAUCUUCGAUCUCAAGAAACACUCAAUCAAAUUAUGCUGGAAUGUGCUCAGCUUCCUUAUCUAACACAUCUAACUUUCACUUAUUGUUUUAUAUCAAUGAGUCAAAAUGAUGCAAAUUGUUUUGUUAAUCAAAUAUGGAGUCUGCCAAACCUAACCUAUUGUUAUUUGGAUAUAUGUUUUGGUUCUGAAAGUUAUUUUUCUAAUCCAAUAGUGAUUUCUAGAUCACUUAGAUAUUUAAUUAUUCAAGAAAGUGUUCGUUCCUCAUUGACACUAAUUCAUUUAUGUCAAUAUACACCUAAUCUUCAGUAUCUUUCAACCAUUUUUGCUGUCGAUCCACAUCAAUUAGGAUUUUCAUUUUCUUUUCUUCCAAUUACUCGAUUGAAAAUUAUAUUCAAUAAUUCUAUAAAUAUGUUUCGAGAUCUUUUACAAAAUAUGCCUAAUUUAUAUCACUUAACGUGGGAAGCAUUGUUUAUUUAUAUGAAUGGUUAUCAAUGGGAAGAAAUGAUUAAGAAAUAUUUACUUAAACUAAAAAUCUUUCGAUUUAAAACGCAAAUCACACCAUUGAAUAAUGAAGAUAGAGAGGUGCAAAUCAAUGAAAUUGUUGAUUCAUUUCGAACUCGUUUUUGGAUCGAUGAACAUCAAUGGUUUGUUCGAUGUCAUUGGUAUUCACCAGAUGAACAAUAUCAUCAUGAUUCGAUUGAUUUAUUUACUUUACCAUAUACUUUUGACAACUUUCGUACUUCUGAUAAUUGUAUUUUAGCAAAAACAACUUGUCCAUAUGAUGAUGAAUAUUUAAUAUGCAAUCAUGUGAUUAGUUUACAUUGCGGAUUUUCAGAUUUUAAUGAUUCAAUUCUAUCUCGUGUUCGUUUUCUCAAUAUUCAAUAUCUUUCUUUAUCACUUCCUUUCAAUAAUCUAUUUUUAUCUGUUGUUUGUAAACUUGAUCGAUUAACGUCAUUAUCUGUGUGGAUAUAUAAUAAUGAUGCAAUUGAACAUAUUCAAACUCAAUUACAAUUUUUACUUGCACGAGCAUCUCGUCUUCAUUCACUAAAUCUGGAUUCACGGUUUUCAUCAAUUUUACAUGCACUAUUAAUAGAGAGUACGAGUAAAUCAAUUCGUCGAUUGAAUUUACAAGGAUGUUUUUCUGGAAAGAAUCAGCACUGUUUUGAUGAAGAACAAUGUAUCCAACUGAGUCGUUUUCCGUUAGGUAAACAAUGUGAAACACUGUUGAUCGAAGUUAAAAAUCGAAGAAAUAUUCUUGAUCUUGUGAAUAACAUGCCUAAUCUUCAAGCGUUAAACGUUCGAUGCGCAGAGAAUAAUUGGACAGAUGAAAAUGAUUCCGUAUCAUCAGGACAUGAUGAACUUGUGGAAUGGUUACGCGAACAAUUACCAUCAACAUCUAUGAUUACGAGAGAUAAAUAUGAUUAUGAUAAAAUUCGAUUAUGGAUUUGUUGA